AUGGCUAAUUCCAGCAUCGUGCUGUUGCUGGCGUUGCUGUCGUUGAUGGCUGGGCAGAUCAAUGCUGUACCGAUGUCUCCUGGUUAUGGCAGCUAUUCUUACCAAACUACUACCAAGGCCCCCGUGUACUACACGACUACCUACACAACUACUGAAGCAGCCAAGUAUUACGAAGCCCAACCCUACUACGCAUCGGCUGCUCCUUCUUAUUAUGUUGAACCAACCUACUACACCGAGGCUCCAAAGUACUACUCCGCACCAAGCUACUACACCGAGGCUCCGGUGUACACAACUUACGCCGCUCCGAGCUACUACACCGAAGCGUCACAAUAUUAUACCACAAAGGCACCAGAAUACUACACCACAACUUACGCUGCCCCAGUCUACUAUACGGAAGCUCCUAAUUCCCGGUCUUCUCAGAAGCAGUUGGCUGUGAUAUGGACUGUUCGAUGA